AAGUAAAGUGUAUGUUUCAUGAAAUUGAUACUCUGCAUUAUUGACGAUACCACCGUAAAUUAUUUUUCACAUAAAAUUAGUGACAUUGUAAAAAGUCUGUAACAAUAUCAAUCACUGCAUCAUUGGAAUUCUUUAUUUAUAACGACUGCGACAUGGAAUUAAUUUUUUCUAUCAUGUGCCCGUUAUUAAUAGCAUGCUUGAAUAUCCUACGGACCACUUAAUAAUUAUAUCACACAUGUCACAUCCGUCGUGAUACAGAUUGUGAUGAUAGCUCAAAUUAAUCGCUUAUUUUAAAAUAAUUGCUGACGUCACUGUUGUACGUGUAGACGUGGAUCACGAUAUAAAUUAUGGGACUCAUUUACUGGAUAUCAGUGUUGUGUUGCUUGAAUUAAAUGCACAAAUUUGCAGGUGUCUGGAUUUUGGGGGGUUCCAUUUUAAAUUCUCUGGAUCAGGGUUCAAUGAUGAGACCAAGUUUAGUAAUCAUUUUCUUCGUACUAGUAAUUGGCCACUAUUGUGACGUCACAGCAUUAAAACCAGAGUGUCUGUUGCCCACCUUUACAGGGGACUACAUCAGCCUUCACGUAUUCUGGUCCUACAGUCCUACCCUGGGUCAGUGUGUGAAGAUGACGUUCGGUGGACCCUCACGCUCCGGACAGAACCACUUUCAUACACUGGAAGACUGCGAACAAGCCUGCGUGGACUGACGGAUCGUGCGGCGCUUACACCGCCUCACUUGCGUGGACUGACGGAUCGUGCGGCGCUUACACCGCCUCACUUGCGUGGACUGACGGAUCGUGCGGAGAUUACACCGCCUCACUUGAGUGGUUAUUGGCUGAAUUGUGUACAAUUGUAAUAUUAAACAUAAUAAAUCUCAGAUCUAGUA